AUGGAGAUUAAGCAAAGCAAAAGUGAAGUGUUCAUUUGCCAGAAGAAAUACGCAAAGGAAAUUCUGAAGAAAUUUCAAAUGGAGGAAUGCAAGUCGAUGAGCACGCCGAUGAAUCAAAAAGAGAAGCUCUGUAAAGAAGAUGGAGCCGACAAAGUUGAUGAAGGUUAUUAUAGAAACUUGAUUGGAUGCUUAAUGUAUCUCACUGCAACAAGGCCUGAUAUUUUAUUUGUUGUAAGUCUCUUAUCUCGUUUUAUGCACUGUGCAAGUGAAAUGCAUUUAAGAGCAGCAAAAAGAAUAUUAAGAUAUAUCAAAGGUACUAUUGACUAUGGUGUAAAGUUUGAGAAGUGUCCAAGCUUCAAGUUACUUGGAUUCUCAGAUAGUGAUUGGGCUGGAUCCGCAGAUGAUAUGAGAAGUACCUCUGGCCAUUGUUUCAACCUAGGUUCAGGAAUAUUCUCAUGGUCAUCUAAGAAACAGGAAAUUGUUGCACAAUCAACUGCAGAAGCUGAAUUCAUAGCAGCAACAGGAGCAGUAAACCAAGUCUUGUGGCUUAGAAAGAUCAUGUAUGAUUUACAUUAG